CUCCGCCCCGCCCGCCGGGCGGCCCCGCCUCCCUCCGGAGCCGGGUAGCCUCAGCCCGGCGGUCCGCCUCAUUCGCUGAGCAGGUCCGUGAAUUGUCAACGCGUUCCGGGCGGUUGCUGAGCCGGGGCGCCCGCCGGGCUUGUCGUGCUCCCUCGGAGGUACCUGCCCAAACCGAUGUGCGGGGUUCGCUAGGGCGAGAGCAGUCGCCGGUUCGCGGCAACUUGGGAUUCAGGACCCGCAGCAGGGGCGUCGGUUUGCGAUCCGGACUCAGCGAGGAGGAAAACACAACACAGGGCAGGCUUGAAUUCUCAGUGUGAAAUAACUGUUUGACUCCAAUGACUAUGUAACCUGGGACAUCCAAGCAGUUAGAACUUGAGGAGAAGCAAGAAUUUAUUUCUAAGCAAUCUGUGGAAGAUAAGUGAUUACAGACAAGUCAUAAACCCUAAGAAUGCAAAACUAAUGAUGUAACUGAGACAAUCUGAGUGAGAGAUGGAAGAGAGGAGCAACAGAAGGAGGCUGGAUCGGGUUAAGGAAACUCACCCAUCCUUUCUGGCAGGACUGGAAAUACAAAGAAAUGAACAGACCAGAUUUGAUUCAGGAUGGUCUUGCUGAGCGGCUGCAGGGCCUGCAAGGAUGCUCUGGUGGAAACAGCCCUCCAUAUGGAAAUCCUGUAUGAAUGUGGAAGCCAUUAGCCAAGUAAUUGCUGUCUGUUACCAUGACAACCAGCCGCUGCAGUCACCUGCCCGAAGUGUUGCCAGACUGCACCAGCUCGGCCGCGCCCGUGGUGAAGACCGUGGAGGACUGUGGCAGCCUAGUGACUGGGCAGCCGCAGUAUGUCAUGCAAGUGUCGGCCAAGGACGGGCAGCUGCUGUCAACGGUGGUGCGGACUCUUGCCACCCAGAGCCCCUUCAAUGACCGGCCGAUGUGCAGGAUCUGCCAUGAGGGCAGCAGCCAAGAGGACUUGCUCUCCCCCUGCGAAUGCACGGGGACUUUGGGGACAAUUCAUCGGAGCUGCCUGGAGCACUGGCUGUCGUCCUCAAACACCAGCUACUGUGAACUCUGCCACUUCAGGUUUGCAGUCGAGCGCAAACCCAGGCCGUUAGUGGAGUGGCUCCGAAACCCGGGCCCCCAGCAUGAGAAGCGGACCCUGUUUGGAGACAUGGUGUGCUUCUUGUUCAUUACGCCGCUGGCCACCAUCUCGGGCUGGCUCUGCCUGCGGGGCGCCGUGGACCACCUGCACUUUAGUAGUCGGCUGGAGGCCGUCGGACUGAUUGCACUCACUGUGGCACUCUUCACUAUUUACCUCUUUUGGACACUAGUGUCGUUUAGGUACCACUGUCGAUUGUACAACGAAUGGCGUCGGACCAAUCAGAGAGUGAUUCUCCUCGUCCCAAAGUCUGUCAGCGUCCCUUCUAACCAGCAGUCCCUGCUGGGCCUCCACUCUGUCAAGAGGAACUCAAAGGAGACCAUUGUCUGACGUCCGUGUGGCUGGUUGGUUGACUCGUCGUUUGGGGUUCCGGACGUUUCUGCCCUGGGGCCAUGACUGAGCCACCCCCAAACCCUUCCUGAAGCCGUGGGUCUCGGGACAUCCAGAGCUGUGGCAGCACCGCGCCCCGAGCAACGGACUCGACCCCAAAGAAAGCAAACGCGGUUUCACUUGGAAUCAUGGAUGCUGCGAUCACAUGAUCCUUGCUGGGUUGCCAAACGUGCUUAUUGAGCAGAUACUAUACGGAGUUUCCCCAACACCUCUUUGACAGAUGAGGAAGGUUGUCCUGCUAAAGAUGCAAUUCAAUGCUUCCUUUUUUAUUACUAUUUCAAAUAUAUAUAUAUAGAUAUAGAUAUAUAUUAAAGUCAGAUGAUAAUCACCAUGGAAAAGCCAAUGUUAAAACUGGUUUCUUGGUUUGGACGGGUUUGGUUUUGGGUGAGUGUAUUUGUUUCCUGGUUUCUACUGUAGAUUCUUUGGGGUAAUUUGAUAACCUGAGUGGUCUUUUUCCAUCUCCUUCUCUCUUACUAAGGGGACAGCAUAACAACUGCAGAACAAGGCAUAUCUGAAGGACGUUUUGUACUAAACUUCAUUUAUUCCGUUUUUAAAGGGGAAAAAAAAAAAAGGCGUGGCGACUCUCCCGACAGUGAGCUGUUUAUUUAAAUUUCAUUAAGGAGGAAAAAAAAAAUUAUGGUGAGAAGCACGCUCCUUUCAACUUGUUUGGUACUGCCGGCUGAUAAAAACUAUUUUCUAAUAAUAAAUAUCCAGUGUGUGAAAGACAAA